GAAUAUAGAGAAAUUCUCAGAUAAUUUCGGUCUUAUUGGCAACAAUUUAAUUUACCUUCGUCUCUUAUAGAUAAUGGUAAUACAAAAUAAUUCAGGGGUGUGUCCGAAAUAUACACAAACCUGUUGCCAAUAAGAUCGAAAUUAAUUUCAGAUGAUUACGUUUACACACUGUGGGGUUAUGCAAAUUGGUCCGAAAUUAAAAAAAUUAUUUCGGCAACAUGUACAACAUGUAUAUAUGUAUCUUUUAAAAAACAUUGUUCAUUUGUUCAUCAAACCUUGGUUUCAUAUAUAUAAUGUUUAUUUUAUUUGAUUUAUUAGAUUAAUUAUUGCAGGUAUCAGGAAAAAGUUGUAUCUGGGUAAUUAAAUCUUCUUUAUAUAAGCCAUGAAUAAGUCUUAGUCGUAUUGAUUACGUAAAGUAAAUAAGCCAUUAAUUAAGAAUUUUAACUUGCUAAAUUAUACUUUUAAACCGUAAAAUGCAAAACAUAAUAUUAGAAAAUUUACAUUUUCAAUUGG